AUGAAUACAUUUUUUUUCUUUUUUCACAAUAAACCAAAUCAAAUAGUUGCUACUGGAAGUAUUGUUCGAGAUGAUCGAGAUAUGGGUAAGAAGUUAUCAUUAGCAGAAGCUAUUUGGAUUGGAGGAAUCAAUGUUCAUCGUGAUUUUCGUGGGCAAGGCAUUGGAAUAAUUUUAUUUGCAUAUAUCGAUAAUUAUAUCCAAAAAAUGAUUAAAACUAAUAUCACUGUUGAUUUAUUUACAAAUAAUUUAAAAGCCAAACAUAUUUAUAAACGAUUUGGUUUCAAAUCGAAAGGCUUUAUCCAAAAUGAUUCAAUCAUCGGGAAUGAUCCAGAAGUAAGUUAA